UCCAGAAAAUCAACUGGCAUCCCCUCCAGUACCUCUUUGUGCCUGGUCUACCCCAUACGCCAGGCCUGGGUCUGGGAUUGUCCUAGGGCAUUUAAACACAUGUUGUUUCAGGAGUCAGUGACCUUCGAGGAUGUGGCCGUCUACUUCUCUGAGAACGAAUGGACCGGCCUGGCCCCCGCUCAGAGGGUGCUGUACAGGGACGUGAUGCUGGAGAACUAUGGGGCUGUGGCUUCCCUGGCAGCAUUUCCAUUUCCCAAACCGGCUCUGAUUUCCCAGCUGGAGCGAGGGGAAGCACCCUGGUGCAAAGCUCCUCAGGGAGCUCUGGAUGGAGAGGGCCCAAGGGGUGUCUCCUCAGGAUGUCCAUUUCUAAAGCCUGCUGGGAUCUCCCAUCUUGAGCAGGUAGAAGAGCCAUUGAACCUGAAACUUCGAGGAGAGGGUCCAAGCCUAAGCUGUACUGAGGGUGUGCUGAAGAGUCAGAAAGAUUUUAUUCUGAAGGAGGAACGUUUUGAGGAGGCAAAGGACCACAUGGUGUUAUCAAGCAGACCCCGGUGGUGUGGCUCCCAGGAAUUCUGGUUUGGAAAAACCUGUGAGGAGGAAAAAAGCAGGUUAGGGAGGUGGUCUAACUACUCCAAUGGGAGAAGUAUGGAGAACACUGCAAAUGAUAUUAUAGAAGUGAUUGUCAAAGAUGAGAUGGUCUCAGGAGAAGAUAGUUCAGAGAAUGCUGAUGUGAAUACCCACCUUGUUAUACAUCAGGAAAUUCUCAGUGAGCAGGUGUUCUAUAUAUGUGAAGAAUGUGGCAAGUGUUUUGAUCAAAAUGAAGACUUUGACCAACAUCAGAGAAUUCAUAAUGGAGAGAAGGUCUAUGGGUGUAAGGAAUGUGGAAAGACUUUCAGUUUUAGAUCACACUGCAUUGCACAUCAGAGAAUUCACACAGGGGUGAAACCCUACGUUUGUCAAGAAUGUGCUAAAGCCUUCGUUUGGAAGUCAAACCUGAUUCGACACCAGAGAAUACAUACUGGAGAGAAACCCUUUGAAUGUAAGGAAUGUGGGAAGGGCUUUAGUCAGAACACUAGCCUUACACAACAUCAGCGAAUCCACACUGGGGAAAAACCAUACACUUGUAAGGAAUGUGGGAAAAGCUUUACUCGGAACCCAGCCCUACUUCGACAUCAGAGAAUCCACACUGGGGAGAAGCCUUAUGAAUGCAAGGACUGUGGGAAAGGCUUUAUGUGGAACUCUGAUCUUGCUCAGCACCAGAGAGUCCACACGGGGGAGAAGCCCCAUGAAUGUACUGACUGUGGGAAAAGCUUCAUCUGCAAGGCACACCUUAUCCGACAUCAGAGAAUCCAUACUGGGGAAAGACCCUAUCAAUGUAAUGACUGCGGGAAGGCCUUCAGUCAGAAUUCUGUUCUGAUUAAGCACCAGAGGCGCCAUGCCAGAGAGAAACCCUGUAAUUGUCAGACCUCUCACAUUGAACAUUAGAGAAUGCAUAAUGGUGGUACUUGCUUAUAAUUCUUAUGCAACAGGAACCCCAGAGACAAAACAAGGUGAUUGUCCACAGUUUGUUAUAACUGUAAUAGCCAGUAUUAUCUUACCCCUUCUGAGUAGAUACCCUGUGCUCUAGCAAGAGUGGUCCUCCUGUUAGACCAUGUUCAUGCUAGGCAACUUUUAGUUGAGCAUCUACUCUGUCGGGUACUAUGCUAAUCACUUUAUGUACAAUCUUUAGUUUUUCUUAAUCCUAUUGAGGUAGGUACUCAUCCUCGUUUUACAAAUGAGAAAUCUGAGAUUGAAAGAAGUUAUAAAACUCAUUCAAGGUCACUUAGCUAAUAUGUUACAGAAUUGAGAUUAGAAGCAGGUCUAUCUGACCUCAGAGUCUGCUGUUCUUUAUUUGUGCACAUUUCUGCUUCUGCUCAUUUCUAUUUGCUCAAGUUUCCCUAGGCUAAAAAUUUCCCUUUCUCAUCUAAUACCCAGCUUCUUCAACCAAACAGACCUCUCUUCCUCUUCUACUUGUAAUCAGUACUGUCCAAAUUGUUAUUUAACUAUGUGCUGUCUUAUAUUUUUCUAAUGUCUUACUGUGUUAGUCCAGCUAAAUGUCUCUUUGAGGACCAACACUGUAUUUCUUUCAAAUUUUGAAACUUAUUUAUUUUUGACUAGCUGUAACAUGCUCAUGAUAAAAAAAAAAGUUGAAGUAGUUCAAAAAGGUGUUCGGUGAAAAGUAAAUCUCCUUGUCACUCCUAUCUCCCAGUCUGUCUUCUCAGAGACAGCUACUGUUACUGGUUGUGUGUCUUCCUGGAUAUAUUCUUUCUAUAUACAAGUACUCAGCUUUCAUAAAUCUACCUCACUGAAAACCAUGUUUGCUGUAGAUGACAAUGCAGUUACAUUGCCAACUCCAGAACUUUCUCUUCCUCUGAAGCUGUGGUCCACCCUGAGGUCACCAAGGUAACUUAAGGAAACUAGUGGAGGGUAGUCUGAAUUGUGCAGUCUUGGGAGACCUGAUUCCCUUUGUGUUAGAAGAUAGCACUCUGGGACUGGGAAAAUGUAAAGCAAGUGGGAGACUUUGUUUUGUUUUGUUUUCAUAAAAAUUUGUAUAGCUACAACCCCUCUCAUUGUUCCACUAUCCCAGAUCCCCUUCCAGUCUUUCCCUUCUCAUCAUCAUGAUAGCCCACAUUCCAGAGUAAGCUGUAUUAUUAGAGAAUGGUAUUGACCAUCUUCAAGGGUUAGAGAAACAAAGGCCCAAUUCAGAGGAGAGUGCUGGCCAAAACAGAUGAAACACAUUCCAGACUUCACCUUUCGAGCCAUUUUUCAGCAGUUUGCCUCUCUGCUAAUUAGGCAUUCCGCUUUAGAAGCUCCCAGCCAGGUAAU